AAAAGAUGGACUGAGCCUCUCAGUGCAGUCCUGGAAUUCWCACCAGGAGAAAGCAAGAUGUCCGACCAGAACGUCCGCAACGCUGGCUUCACUUCCUCUGGGAUCACAGGRGGAUCCCUUGCUUCAUCCAUGAUGUCCCGUGAAGCAAGAUCGUCUGGGGGAGGAGUGCCUUCUGGAGGCCCCACUUCUACUCUCCAGGGAAUGGGUGCCAAAGGCACAACCCAUUCAUCGGGUUUUACCAGCAGUGGGAUYUCUGGUGGAUCCAAGGGCUCCCACAUGAUGUCCCAGGAGGCCAGAUCUCAUGGAGGUGGAACUCCCAAAGGCGGGACCACUUCCACUGUCCAGUCCAUCUCCAUGGGUGGGAAAGGAGGAAGACGCUGAAUAGAAAAAAACCCAUCAGCCCAGAAAGAAGCUCUGCAAGCGGUUCUUCCUUCCAUCAGCUUUGACAGCUUCUCCCCUUUGCUGAUCUCCCUGUUAUGAAAGGAAAAGCCUUCCCCGUGCACAAAUAAAGUUUCUGUUAAAAUGAUGGAUUCUUGCAUUAAAUUACAAGGGACAGAGA